AUGGACCCAGCACGCUUUUAUGGCACUGCAAAGCAUGUAAACAUCAUUCCAGGUGAUGGUGACAUUAGUGACGAUGAUGUUGAUUCGGAUUGUGACGAUAAUUGUAAUAUUGGCUCCAUUAGUUUAACUCCUAAACGACAUAUCAUUAUACCGGAGUCAGAAUCAGAUUUUUCUGAGGAAGACGACGUCCCUUUGACAAGUAUUCAGACGGCAACAACGUCUAAAGCCAAAGGAAAAUCUGUUAAAAAGAAACGAGUUAUCUGGAAAGAAGAAAAAAUGCCAGCUUACGACGUCUACAAUUUUCAAUUUACGGGUAAUACAGACUUACCGGACACUAUAAAACAACUGGAUUCUCCGGCAGAUGUGUUCAGGUUCUUGUUCACAGCUGAUAUUAUUCAUUUCAUUACGGAGCAGUCUAACCUCAAGUCUAUUCAAGAAAAUAUUAAUAAACCAGCUAUGAUUACGACCGAAGAUAUCGAAAAAUUUAUAGGAAUUGUAAUCUUUAUGUCCUGCGUAAAGUUACCUGCAACCAGAAAGUACUGGUCAAAAGAAGUUGGACAGACGCAGGUCUACGAAAUUAUGACUUGUAACAGAUUUGAAUCAAUCAAAAGGUUUUUACAUUUCAAUAAUAAUGAGAAUUUUGUACCUCGAGGACAAGAUGGACAUGACAAAUUAUUUAAAAUUCGGCCUUUAUUGAAUAUGAUUCGUGAACGUUUGAUGCUAGUCCCUAAAGAAGAGUUUUUAGCCGUAGAUGAACAAAUUAUCCCUACCAAAUGCCGUCACGAAUUAAAACAGUAUAACCCUGCUAAACCUCACAAAUGGGGUUACAAAAACCAAGUCCUGAGUGGCGUUAGCGGUUUUAGCUAUGAUUUUGAUAUAUUUGCUGGGGACCAAAGUAAUUCCUACCCUUCAGAUGCGCCAGAUCUUGGCGUAAGUUCAAAUGUUGUCACACGAUUGACAUCUACAGUUCCACAACAUCAAAAUUACAAAAUUUGUUUCGACAACUGGUUCAAUAGCCCAAAUCUUCAAGUAUAUCUUUACAAAAAAGGUCUACUUCCGUUAGGAACCGUGCGACUCAAUCGUGUUCCAAACUCCAACAUGCCUUCUGAAAAGGAACUAAAAAAGCGAGGACGCGGUAGCAUGGCAGAAAAAGUAGCAGUCAUAGAUAAAGUGAAGUUGAGCUUAGUUUCUUGGUUCGAUAACAAGAAUGUGAAUCUUCUUUCAGCCUACGUUGGAAGUGAACCCACAACAACAAAGCGGCGUUACGUUCGCCAAGAUAAAGAAUAUGUUUACAUACCUUCACCCCAAGCUGUAGAUGUUUAUAACCAGCAUAUGGGAGGAGUGGAUUUACUAGAUUCUAUGCUGGGUUAUUAUAGAAUCCAUUUGCGGUCUCGUCAAUGGUACAAGAGGAUUUUUUUUCACAUGGUGGACAUGACACUUGUCAAUGCUUGGUUGUUAUGGCGCCGAAUCAAUGCUGACUCAUACAUGCCACUUUAUGAUUUCAAACUGGCCGUUUCCGAACAUUUGCGUAAAGCAGGAAAAGCAGUUAUGACCAAAAAACGUGGUCGUCCAUCGAGCAUUGUUGGAACUCCGACAUCCAGCCGGGGUGCCACUCCCUCCCGUAUUCCUGAAUCUCCAGUUCCCGCAAAAAAGACACGAAAAACGCCAGCUAGGCAUCAAGACUUGCCUUUGGCGUCCGUGCGUACCGAUGGGAUUAGCCAUUUUCCGAUUUGGAAGAAGAAUGCCCGACAAAUAUGCCAAAAUUGUUCUAAAUUUCGUUCUCUUACAUUAUGUGAAAAAUGUAAUGUUUAUUUGUGCUAUAAUGACAAACGCAACUGUUACAAAGAAUUUCACGAGGAAUAA